UGCAGCACAGGCCGCAAUACCUGGCCCACUCGAAGUUAAAUCAGGCUCAGGAAGUACUUCUUACUUCGGACGUCUUGUUAUGGAUGUACAUAUGUAGGAGCGGGAACAGCACGAGACUUUCUUUUUUGUUCAAACGCCUUCUUAUCACUUCUAACCUUAACAACCCUCCAGAUAACCUUAUUCUUUGUUGUUAAAUCAGCUGACGCAUUCGUUUUCUUGCAUAAAUCGCUAGUGAUACUAUAUUUCAACUACAGAAUUGUGACAACCGGUUAAUCUGGCCAUAUUUUAUCAGCUUUUUCGGGUCGCAUUGGGGUCUUGGGAAAAGAGUCAUCGCACAUGCCACAGCCCGCCGACUUAUGACGCCUCAGGCACACUAUAAGCUCCUGGCGGCAAUCGGGAUACCCUUCAGAGACUCUCCCCUGUCAUCCAACUGACAUCGAGUCUUAUCAUAAUGCCGAUUGGUGACCUCCUCGCCGAGAUCUCUGGCGGGAAUCCAUCAUCCGAGCCACGGCCCAAAACACCAAUAUCGACCGCUGUGAAGCGCAAAGCCGAUGAUGAUUCGCAUAGCACGACGUCGAACAAAUACCCCAAGUCGCGACAACAGGAUGGAACUUACUCGACAAGUAAGACCACCCGUGAUGUGAAGACGGAUCCUGUCGAUCGGCCAAAGCCUACCACCGCGUCCUCGUCCGUUAAAUCUUCGUCCCUACCUCAUCGUACGAGUUCGCCAUCCAUAAAUGGUCGCUACCAACCUCCAGUACCAAGUGUGCAACGUACAGGCGUCUCAUCUUCAAAUGGCAGGCCUGGAUCCGGAUCGGUAUCCAACAUAUCCCAGCCGAAGAAGUCAACAGAUCAGAUUGCUAGUCGGCCAAAACUUAGUGCAUCUUCACUAGCAGCUGCUUCCAAAGCGCCUCCUGCGAAAUCGUCACCCACGACUCCGACCGCCUCAGACCCGUCUAAAGCGCCAAAGAAAGGUUCGUAUCAGGAGAUAAUGGAACGUGCUAAAAAGGCCCAAGCGUCGAUGGGUAAAGUUGGUAUGAUUCAGCACAAGUCCAUCGGAACCUCCAAGAAAGAGCAGCCCGCAAAGGCGGAACAGAAGCCAAACGGUGCCAAAGGAAGAGAUGGAAAGCCGUAUCUUGGGAAUAGUCGGUCAUCCACUGCACCUCCUCGUGGAGGGGCGAGACCCGGAACGGCGGUCCGUGAUGCAGGCCGGAAUGGAGCCGGAAAUGAUGCUAAAGCAAGCGGCAAGUCAAGGCCUGGCUCAGCUGGGGGGGAAACACUGGAAAAGAAAAUAAAGAAGUCGGCGACAGCUACUACAGGUUAUACCGGAACUGCUCGUCCCCGACCUGGCGCGGCAUCGGAGAAACCAUCAGCAUCCAGGAAAGGCAGCUCCUCAGCUUAUAGAACCGGUGGGCUUCUUGCACCCCCACGGCCAAGCCGUCGGGAUGACUACGCAGAUGAAUAUGAUGAAGAUCUAGACGAUUUCAUCGAGUACGAUGAGGAGGACACGCCCGGUUACCGAGGCGAGAGAUAUAACGGAUAUGAUUCGGAUGGCUCCAGCGAUAUGGAGGCGGGCCUUUCGGAUAUCGACGUAGAGGAGCGAAGAGCUGAGCUACUAGGCCGCGAAGAGGACAAGCGGGAGCAAGCCCUCGAGGAGAAACUCAAGCGGGAGAAGGAGGAACGAAAACGACGACUCGGCAUAGCUCGUUAAGAUAUCACUUUAAUACUCAUCUACCCACAAACGACAGAGUUCAGCGCAGAUAUUCGCGGGAUGGCGGCUUCUUCAUACUUUACUUCGUUAACGCUUAUUUUAAAAGACAUGGUUUACGUAGAUGGAAAUUGCAUGGAAGACGGCGUUCUAUGAAAUUUCCACGCGCCCAAGGCAUACCUGGGUGAGCACUGGCGUUCGUCGUUCUUCAUACAUACCCCGUGUCAGGGUCAUCGACAGGAUAAUGCAACGGUUUAAUCAUAUCGGUGUAGUAUAGCCUUAGAUGUCUUCUAACAAUAUUACAGUACUGUACUUUUUUAGGGACUAAUUAAAUGAUAGUUGGUAGUUACUAAUACGCGCUUUGCUUCUUCUUUUCGGUGUGGUAACCUGACACUUAACCCCUUUAUCCAGAUG